AUGGAUAAAUAUAAAAUUGGUAAGGUAUUAGGUGAUGGAACCUUUGGGUCAGUCUAUAAAGCAGUAGAUGAAACAACUGGUUAAAUUGUUGCUAUCAAGAAAAUGAAACAUAAAUAUAACAAAUGGGAUGAAUGCAUUAAUCUUCCUGAAAUCAAAUCACUUUUGAAAUUACAUCAUCCAAACAUUGUGAAAUUGUAUGAAAUUAUUAAACAAAACGAUGAAUUGCAUUUUGUAUUUGAAUUUAUGGAACGCAAUGUUUAUCAUCUAAUGAAAGAUAGAUAAAAGCCAUUUAAUGAGAUUCAUAUUAGGAAUAUUAUAUAUUAGACUUUAUAAGGAUUGGCAUACAUGUAUAUCUCUAUUAAAAUAAUAGGCAUAAAAUAGGUUACUUCCAUAGAGAUUUAAAACCAGAAAAUUUGUUAGAAUCAAAUGGCACAAUAAAAAUAGCAGAUUUCGGAUUAGCAAGAGACAUUAGAUCUUCUCCUCCAUUUACAGAUUACGUUUCUACAAGAUGGUAUAGAGCUCCAGAAGUAAUUUUGAGAUCUAAUGAAUACAACUCUCCUAUUGACAUUUUUGCAAUAGGUUGUAUAAUGGCUGAGUUAUAUAGAUUAUGGCCUCUAUUCCCAGGUACUUGUGAUACAGAUUAAUUGUAAAAGAUUUGUGAAAUCAUGGGUACACCUUCAGAAUAAGAUUGGCCAGAUGGUAUAUAUAUUUAUAAUCUAAAAAUUAGGGUAUAAAUUAGCUGCUAAAAUAUAACAUCGUUUUCCAAAGAACAUUUAACCAAAGCCUUUGUCAUAAGUUAUUACAUAAGCUAGUGAUGAUGCUCUUGAUUUAAUAUCUCAAAUGCUUCGUUAUAAUCCUUUGAAAAGACCUAAUGCAAGUUAGGCUUUGGCUCAUCGUUAUUUUAUUGUUGCUCUUCCAAUUCUUCCCUCUUUAGAUAACAUUGAACAAUAAUAGGAUUAAGAUUAUACUAAUUUUUAAUAGGAUGAUUAAUAAUAAGAUUAACGAUUUGGACCUCAAAAUUAAUAAAAUAUCUCUUUGUUUUAUAUGAAAAAUGCUAGAUAUAAACCUGGUUAUACUUGUAUAUUAGAGAAUGCUGAAGAUAAUUGA